CCUAUCCUCUCCUCUCCGCAAAUGAAGCGACUUCCUUUAUAACGCAACUCCUCCCGCCCGGCUGACAACACAAGACAACGAAGAUCCAUCCGCUCCUCCGGCGCCCUACCAAUUCUGCCACAGAGAGAGAGAGGAGGAAGGACUAUGUUAGCAGGUUGCUGAGGGGUGAGAGUUGAGGGGUCGGCAGCGCAGCAGGCAUGCAGAGCAUUAAGUGUGUAGUGGUGGGCGACGGCGCUGUAGGGAAGACCUGUCUGCUCAUCUCGUACACAACUGGAGCCUUCCCUAAGGAAUACAUACCCACCGUGUUUGACAAUUACAGCAGCCAGGUGACAGUAGACGGGCGCUCCAUCAGUCUGAACCUGUGGGACACGGCGGGUCAGGAGGAGUACGACCGCCUGAGGACCCUGUCAUACCCUCAGACAAACAUCUUCAUCAUCUGCUUCUCCAUCUCCAGUCCCGCUUCAUAUGAGAACGUCAAACACAAGUGGCACCCAGAGGUGUCCCACCACUGCCCCGGUGUGCCUGUCCUCCUGGUAGGCACUAAGAGCGACCUGCGGAACGACGAGGAGACCCAGCGCAAGCUGAAGGAGCAGAGCCAAUCUCCUGUCACGCAUCACCAGGGGGCGGGGCUGGCCCGUCAGAUCCACGCCGCCCGCUACCUGGAGUGCUCCGCCCUCAACCAGGAUGGGAUCAAAGAGGUGUUUGCUGAAGCCGUCCGAGCAUUCCUCAACCCCCACCCCACCACCAGCAAGAGGUCCUGUAGACUACUGUAGAGAGGGAGGGAGGGAGAGGAGGGGAAGGGAAGGAGAGAGGGAGAGAGAGAGUGGUUUAGGGAGAUAGAGAGGAAGAGAGCGGAGUGUAAAGGAGGGGUAAAUAGACAGAUGUUCACUGAGGCCAUCCGGGCCUUCUUCAACCCCCAGCGCACCACUAGCAAGAGGUCCUGUAGGCUACUGUACAGAGAGAGAGAGAGAGAAAGGGAGGUGGGAAGAGGGAGAGAGGGACAGUGGGACAGAGGGAGAAAGAGAGAGCGAGAGAGAGAGAGAGGGGUAAAGAGAGAGAGGAAAGAAGGGUGGCUAGCUAGAUGAAGAGAUAGAAGGGGGUGGGCAGUUGAAACUGAAAAACUUACUGCAACAAUGGAAAUAAUAUGAAUGUACAUAAUUCAGUUACAUGUAAAUAUGACAGGAGAACAGUAUUCUCUUUUCCCUCAGUGACCGACGAGCCUUACUAUUGGGAAGAGGGAGGGGCAACUGUACUCUUCAAAUAACGAAUUACAGUGGUCUGCUUUCAUGGACACUUGGGCAGUCCUGAUAGGCCAGAGCAGUGUCACUCAAUGGCUUUACCAGAGACUGAUUGGUCUGUGAUGGUGGCGCCUGCUUUCUCUUCCCACCCCCUGACCCUCGUCUCGUUUCGUCUUCUUCCCGCUGUAGAGCUCAGUAGAACUAAAGCAUAUUGAGAAAUAUCAUGAUGAGCCAUGCCUUUUUCCGACUAAUAUUUGUUUGUAAAUCAAAAAUGUGCCAUGUGUGUUGACGCUGGCUGCCUCUGUUCAGGCCAGAGGUUAGAGGUCACAGAUGAAGCUGGGGACCUGAGAGGUUGUCCCCCAAAAGUUGUGAAACCUUUUUUCCUUUCUUCCACAACCACUGAUCUUCCUUUAUAUCUUCCCCUAUGUCAUAACCCCUUCUGUGUUUGCAGCCCUGAGUGGUAUACUACGAAGUAAGCUAGAUCUACUCAGGCUUUUAUAAAGCUAGCCAACUUCAGUUAGCUUCACGUUCCAUCGUACUACGACGGUGGAUAUUGCUCGUCCGCAUGCCGUUAACUCUAGCCGGCUUGUAACUGCGCGUGCAUGUCGCACAUGGCUAGUCGAAUGCCAAACUCUUCAUUGAGACAAUGCGGAAUCAUCAAUCCAUGGGCGAGCAGUGCCACAUUUUCAUUUGUGCCGAAAUCAAAAUGAAAUUGAAGUUAUCUUGCACAUUUCAGCAGGCUAGGGUGUGAAAUAGGCUUUAAGCCAUCUUUAUUUUAUUACUAAUCGUUAAUGUUACUUUUGGUGUGCUUUGGUGUGCUCAUCAAUGCACAAGCACCUUUUUCUAUCUGUGGAACAGCUUGUUGCCAUAGCCAUAGCCAUAUAAUCCAGUUUUUUGGUUUUCGAAACUUUUAACCUGGUAAUUUGACUGUUACACUCAUGGUAACCUAACGUAGCAGGCGUAAAAUAAAUUACUGGUCUUGACAAUAAGAAGAAAAAACUGUUCAACCAAUCCAAUAAAUGUGGAGGAGUUAAGAUGGAGUGUCGUGCUGUUAAUAACGUCUAAAAGCGGAAGUCGCGCCACAGGCUCUCUUUCCAGUUCCCCUGAAAAUCAGAACAUCCAGCUGUUGAGGACUCGACAGAGGCUACAUUCAUGGGUACACUAGCAAUGGCUGCCAGUCUUCACUUGAAUGGGCACUGCCAUCUAUGGAUUAUAUGUCUAUGGUUGG